CGGCAAGCCAGAGUGGUCCGCCCAUUGGACCCUUUCAACCCAGCAGUGCUACCUCAGUUGUUGGAUCUACUUACUCACCACCUGGAUUCUUAAACUUGCUAACAUCCUCUGCGAAUGUCCUCAAUAAUGGCAAUACUUCUGACAUUGACACAGAUUAGGAGUCUUACAAUCCCCCAAUGUCCAGCACUCAACUGCAGCAAAGCCCAGCACCCUAUUUGGAAAACUGUACUCAAAUCCAAUCAGAGAACAAUGGGGAGGUUGAAACUCACUUUCUUGAUUUGCACAUCAUGGAAGAAGAUGCCAUUAAUCAAACUCUAGUUGAUGAUAAUCAAAAUCUGCUAAGGUCUCCUGCAAGAAAGAAAUUUCAGAAAAAUGAUGGAGCCGCUCAAGAGAUGUUGAGGACACCUCAGAAAACACCCCGUAAAAAAGCUGGUGGUGGAGGAACUUCUUCUCCCAGAAGCUUGGUGCAGAGGAAGACUCCGUCACGAAGGAAUCUCUGCUCCGAAGCAGACCUUGUCUGGCCUCCACCUCAAGUCCAAAUGCUCUUAAAAGAAUGUUUGACUAAAAAAGAGAAGGUUCAACAACAAACCGUUCCUGUGAACACUUGGAAAGAGAUUGCAAGGGCCAUGAAAGAAGAAGGAGGAGAGCACUAUCGUGUGACAUGGGAACUUUGCAGAGGAAAGUUCUUCAGCCUGUGUGAAUACUUCUCUAAUAAAUUGUUGUAUACUGGUGGUGUUUAAGUGGUGU